CUCAAGAGGAUGAUGAUUCCGUUCACUAUAGAGGGGGGAUGUACAAGACCAAUGAAGCGUGAAGAACUUUUAUUUUGCAUCAAAUACUAUGCUGAGAUUUCAGAUUGUGCGAAGGCAAUGAAUAAUGAUUUGCGGUACACUUUCACACCAUACCGUAUUAUCCUGCCCAUAAUAACUGCUCUCCAUUUGUAUAAAUUAAUAGAGCAAAAGGAUUCAGCAGCUUUGGUCCCACUUGUACCUUGGUUUUUGAAUAUUCUCUUCCUUUGUACGCUUGGCGAACGUCUAGAAUAUGAGAGAAUCUCUCUCUGCAAAAUUCUUUAUGAUGUACCUUGGUACCACAUGGAUAUUGACCAAAGAAAAACAUACCAUAUAUAUCUAGGACAUAUGCUGGUUCCGAUGAAAAUGAUGGUGAAACCCAAUGCAGAAUUGGACUUCAGUUUCCUUACCGAGAUACUCAAAGGAACUUAUACUUUUUUAGUAUACUUCAGCAGUGGAAAAUAGGAAAUAUGGACUCAAUUACAUCACUUUGGAAACUUUUUUUUUGGUGUAGCACAUUUUCGUCAGUUUUUUAAUCUGAAGCAUCAUCAUUACUCACGAUUUACCUACAUCUCCUCAUUAUCAAAUAGUUAAAGUAAGUAGAGUUUGUCUUCCUUCUAAAAAAAUUCUCAUUUCUCCAUCCAUUUCAGUAAUGAACUAAUAUUAACCUCGGUUUCUCUUUUUAGAUAAGGUCAAUUAUAAUUUUUUACUAGUAAACCCUCAUCUUCAUCUACACCGAAUAGGAAAUAAUCAAC